AUGGCUGACAAGCACAUAGACACUUCACGAUUACAUGGUGCCUCCGAAUCAUCAGCAUAUCCGAAUCGUGUUGGUAAUCUCUUCAUCCACACCCAAAGCCAGCAGCCGAUCCACGUUGGUGGUUUGCCGAGUCCAGCGCCGUCAGGCCCAGCACCAUCCCCUCCGGCCUGGCCACAGCAAACCGUCACAUCCGCCAAUGGCCCGUGGUCCCCUGCUAGUCCGAUAAGCCCACUCUUGGGCGAGGAGAUGGACGGAGGGUUCAACAAACAGCUGGAAGCUCUAGUCUGCGCGGCUGCACCAACACCGUCCCCUAGCAUGGACGCCGGAUUCCAAGACUGGACCAACGCUCACUGCCACUCCAUUCCGAACAACACGUAUUUGAGUGUACCCAGGGCGCACCCAGCGGCAAACAGAGUACUCCCAGGCUACACGCCUCCCUGGGCCGGACACGUACCACUUGCUACUCAGCCCGACGAACAAUUCUUCGCCGCAAACACACCGAUCGAUGCCCCUUGCGCCAUCGCCACCCUCACCACCAUCCCCAACUUCCAUCCAGAAACGAGACACCCGACAGCAGCAGCGCCAGCCGUCUCCACGCAAUCUCCAUCCCGCCGAAUCCCCCCCAAUCCGACUGCUGGCAGCGGAGUACCAGCCUCUUCCCAAACAACAACAUCAACACCAACAUCAACACUGGGCAAAGCGAAAGCCCGACCCGCCUCCGGCGGGCCAACGCUCCGGACGGCCGCGCGGCGUUUCAAGCGGCCCUCGCCGCCGCCCAAGCCCGGCGAGUCGCCCGAGCACCAGCGCGCGCGGACCAACCACAACAUGGUGGAGCAGCAGUACCGGCACCGGCUGCACGCCCGGUUCGAGGCCCUGUUGGAUGCGCUGCCCAAGGGGAUCCUGGACAACGAUGACGAAGACGAAGACGACGAUGGCGGCGGUCUGGACAAUGCCGCGUCAGGCGGCGGUGGUGGCGGCGGUGGAGCGAUCAAUGGCGGGAGGAAGGGUGGUGGGCAUGGUGGGAAGAAGCCGAGGCGGAUGAGCAAGGUGGAUGUGCUGAACAGGGCGGCGAGGGUUAUCCGCUUCUUGGAGAGCGAUAACGAGCGGACGAGGAGGGAGGUGGAGAUGCUGAGGCGAGAGAGGGAUGCGGCGUUCGGGAGGGUGGCGGUGCGGGGGGGGACAGGACUUAAUAAUGCUUAUCGCUGGGCGUAA